AAUCAAUCUUCGACUUCAACUUUAACUACAAAUGGUUUUGUUUUCAUAAUUGUAAUUAUUUAUUCAUGUCAAAUGUGAAUAAAUAAAUCUGGCUCUAGAAAAAAUUCUGUUUAGAAAUUUUAAUUAAUUUAGGGUUAAAAUGGUUCACAGCUCUGGUGAUUCAUCCUCAUUUACUGAAAUAAAUUUGACAGAAUUGCAAAGGAAGAAAGCUCCCAAGCGAUUAGUUUAUUUUAGUGACGGAAUAUUGGAAGAAUACAGUACCGAUGAAGAUGAAGUUGAUGAUUCAGCUAAAGAUACUCAACCUUUAAUAGAUCCUAAAACUUUACCAUGGAUUCCAUAUUUUGGUUACAUGUUCUGGUGGAUGGGCUCGCAAGCUCUUGCAGUGUGUGAUUUCUUAGGAGAAAAUUUAGCAUGGUUUCUUGGAAUCACAUCACCAAAGUUUCAAUAUGAAAUAGACCAGUGUGAAAAGAUUAUAAAGGAGGAGGAAGAACUGCAGAAACACAUCAAGGCUGAAAAUGCUGGAUGGAAUACCAAUGAUGAAACUACAGAAACCUCUCCUAAUGCAAUAGCCAUGCAACCUUUGGCAAAGUCUUCUGUUAAAGAACCAGUUUCGCUAGAAGUUGAAACACCUAUUCAGGUUUAAAGUUGCUAACUGAAGGCUUGGUGAAAACUUUAAUGAACAUUUAUCCAUCUGCAGAACUCUGUAAAGCUUGCAGAAGUUUUCAGUAUUCUAGUCAUCCCAAUCUCUCUCUCUCUUUCUCUCUCUCUUUUUUUUUUUUUUUUUUUUUUUUAGAUUUUCUGCUUGCAGUUUUAAAUUUUGUACAAUCUCUAGACAGCAUUUCAAGAAAUUUUAUAAAGCAUUUUUGAAAAUCUUGUUUUGAAAUAUACUUGCUGUUGUGAGAUCCUGUGCACAGUAUUAUUCCUUCAGUUUUCUAAAAGAGUUAUUCUAAGGAACUCAAAACAUUGUCUUUGAUUUUCUCGAAGUAUUGCAGAAUACUUUAUCAUUUACAUAUGUACUUAAUCAUUUAUUGGAUGCUUGGAACUGUAAUAAGAAUUUCUUUAGUGUAACUAUGAUUUUUGUUUAAUUUCUUUUAAAUAUUGCAUUUUACCAUGCAUUGAUAUUUGUUAUUUUGUACUAAAUAUUUCAUAAAUUGCGCAGAUAUAUUUUUUACAUGGUUCUUAUUUACAAAAUCUAAAUUACAAUUUUUUUAUUUCUAAGUAAACAUUUUUCUCAUUUUAGAAAUUGACAGUUUACUAUUUUUUGUUUUGUUUAAAGUUUGAAAUAUAAAUAAUAAUUUUUUAAGACUAUAUAUGAAAUAUCAAGAGGUUUUUGCUGUUUUUCAUAAUAAAAAUACUGAAUGGUUGUUAAAUUUACAGUCAUUUGCACAAUUAUAUUUAAAUAAAUAUUGUACAUCUUUUAAACUGCCUUUGGAACAACAAUCAGAAUGUUUAUAGUUUAAGGGAUAGAAUUAUGUGUAUGUAAUUAGGUUGAACAUAAAUAGAUAGCGAGAAAAUAAAUUUGAAAUGAAACAUUAUAUACAAUUUCUUUUGUAUAAUUUUAUAUAAUCCUAUGUUUUUGAGAAUAUUUACAUUGUGUUUCUUAUCUUUAUAUUGUCUUUAAAAAGUGCAAUAUCUCUCUAUGAUAUGUUUUUAUAAUAAAUUUAGACAAAUCAAUUAAACAAAUAAUUUGUUUAAAAAGCGUAUUUAUUUAAAAUAACUGAAUUUGUAAAUUCUCUUUGAAUGUAUUAUGUCAUAGUUCAAGUAGGAAUUUUAAAAAGGAAAAUUUAUAAUAGCUUCUGCUUAUAUGCAUUUAAUACUCUCAAAUAUUUAGCAAAUAAUACUUUGUCAAAAAUAUUUUGACUUUGAAAAAUAUUUUUCUAUUUAAUGCUAUAAGUUGAUAUAUAAACAGUAAACCAGUAUUAAAAAGCAGAAACAGAAUGUGAAAUUUGCAAAACAGUGGAUUAAUUACUUAUCAGGGGACGAAACAAAUAUGGAUCAUCAUGGAAUUAUAGCAUCAUUAUCUGCUAUUUUUAAAAUUUAUUUUUAUUGAAUUUGUUCUUAUUCAUAUAAUAUUUCUGUGAAAGAAGCUGAUUUUGGAGAUCUAAAUUUUAUUUAUAAUUCUCUCUCAUGUAAAUUUUUUUUUAUUGAACUAAAUAUUAUUAUUUAAUAAAUUUAACAAACUAUACUUAAAAUGUUAACUUGUUAAAAAAAUUGGAAAGUAAUUUUUUCUCUUAUAACAGGAUGAAAACACUGAAGCAUAUAAAUAAUUUUCUUUUUGAUUGGUUUAUUUCAACUUUUAAUUCUUUCAGUUCUCUCACUAAAUAUAUUUCUCUCUCUAAUUUUCUAUAAUGCAGUUAUUUUAUACUUUCACAGAUAAACCAUUAGAUUAUAUAAUUUUCAGUCUGAAAUAACAUUAAAAAUUCCAUUAAACUGUAAGAAUUAAAGUGAGUGAUUUUUUUUUAUUAUUAUAAUUGUCACUUUAAAAAACAUUUUUUCAGCAGACAGAUUACUUUUUUAAAGCUUGUUGUAAACGAAGUGCCUGGUCAGAUCUUUCACUUUUUCAGAAAAUAUGUUGCUGUGUAAUAAUAAAUUUUAAAAAAUUGAGAAUUUAUUUUAUAAUAAUAAAAUAGCAUUGUAUGUUUUCUAUUUAUAAAUGCUAAUAAAAUGUGUUCAUUAU